UGAGAGUUACAUGCUUCCUUAAGGCUUGAAAGGUCCUGUUUUGAAAUAAUCUUGCCUGAUGCACUUUUAUUUUUAAUAGCUUAUUUUGAGAACAAUCCAAAUUUAAAAUUUGCAAAAAUAAUAUAAUGAACUUCCAUAUUUAUUUAAAUGGCCAGUUAUUAACAUUUUUCCACAUUUGUUUUACUAACUUUUUCCCCUGUGUAUGUGCAAAUAUGUAUUCAUAUUCUCUUGGCAUGCACACACACAGUUUGUUAUUUUUUAGUUUUGCUGAACCAUUUAAGACUCAGUACAGACAUCAUGAACCUUUACUCUUAAAUAUUUAAAUGUGUGCCCCCUAAGAACAAGAACUAUAACUUUCUCUUACAUAACCGUAGUUCAGUUAUCAAAUUUAGGAAAUUUAACAUUCAUACAAUACUAUUAUCUAAUAUACGACCCAUAGUCAGAUUUUAUCAGUUGUCCCAGUAAUGUGCUUUAUAGCAAUCUUCCCCACCACACUCCUUCACCCUCUGCCUUCAUCCAAGCUGGUCCAUAAUCACAUAUUACAGUUUGUUUUGAUCUCCUUGGUCUCUAUUAACCUGGACUGGUUCUUUAGUCUUUCUGCAUUUUGUUUUUCAGGAACUCUGGAGUUUUUUGAGGAAUAGUUCUUAAAUAACUUUCUCAUAUUGUUCCAAGUUUCUGGUCUUCACUCUAGCACUAAUUGAAAACAAAAAAUUAUUUUCCAAGAACUGUUACUUUCCUCCAUAUUUUCGAAUUUAUCAACAGAGAAUUGUACAGAGUGAUUUAUUUUACAACAAUAAAAUUCUGUUUGUGAGACCUAGAGGAUCAAGACAUAAUGGGAGCAUUUUUAGACAAGCCAAAGAUGGAAAAGCAUAAUGCCCAGGGGCAGGGUAAUGGGUUGCGAUAUGGGCUAAGCAGCAUGCAAGGUUGGCGUGUUGAAAUGGAGGAUGCGCAUACGGCUGUGAUCGGUUUGCCAAGUGGACUUGAAUCGUGGUCAUUCUUUGCUGUGUAUGAUGGGCAUGCUGGUUCUCAGGUUGCCAAAUACUGCUGUGAGCAUUUGUUAGAUCACAUCACCAAUAACCAGGAUUUUAAAGGGUCUGCAGGAGCACCUUCUGUGGAAAAUGUAAAGAAUGGAAUCAGAACAGGUUUUCUGGAGAUUGAUGAACACAUGAGAGUUAUGUCAGAGAAGAAACAUGGUGCAGAUAGAAGUGGGUCAACAGCUGUAGGUGUCUUAAUUUCUCCCCAACAUACUUAUUUCAUUAACUGUGGAGACUCAAGAGGUUUACUUUGUAGGAACAGGAAAGUUCAUUUCUUCACACAAGAUCACAAACCAAGUAAUCCGCUGGAAAAAGAACGAAUUCAGAAUGCAGGUGGCUCUGUAAUGAUUCAGCGUGUGAAUGGUUCUCUGGCUGUAUCAAGGGCCCUUGGGGAUUUUGAUUACAAAUGUGUCCAUGGAAAAGGUCCUACUGAGCAGCUUGUCUCACCAGAGCCUGAAGUCCAUGAUAUUGAAAGAUCUGAAGAAGAUGAUCAGUUCAUUAUCCUUGCAUGUGAUGGUAUCUGGGAUGUUAUGGGAAAUGAAGAGCUCUGUGAUUUUGUAAGAUCCAGACUUGAAGUCACUGAUGACCUUGAGAAAGUUUGCAAUGAAGUAGUCGACACCUGUUUGUAUAAGGGAAGUCGAGACAACAUGAGUGUGAUUUUGAUCUGUUUUCCAAAUGCACCCAAAGUAUCGCCAGAAGCAGUGAAGAAGGAGGCAGAGUUGGACAAGUACCUGGAAUGCAGAGUAGAAGAAAUCAUAAAGAAGCAGGGGGAAGGCGUCCCCGACUUAGUCCAUGUGAUGCGCACAUUAGCGAGUGAGAACAUCCCCAGCCUCCCACCAGGGGGUGAAUUGGCAAGCAAGAGGAAUGUUAUUGAAGCCGUUUACAAUAGACUGAAUCCUUACAAAAAUGAUGACACUGACUCUACAUCAACAGAUGAUAUGUGGUAAAACUGCUCAUCUAGUCAUGGAGUUUACCUUCACCUCCAAAGGAGAGUACAGCUCAACUUUGUUGAACCUUUUAACAUCCAUCCUCAACUUUAAGGAAGGGGAUAUGACAUGGGUGAGAAUGAUUACAUCAGAGAACUUCAGCAGUACAACAGCUAGCCCAGAACUGAUUUUUUUUUUUUGUAAAUUUGAGACUUAUGUAAACGUGAUUUCAAACCAUAAUUCAUGUUGUAAAUCAGACUCCAGCAAUUUUUGUUGUAUGAUUUUGUUUUUUUGUAAAGUGUAAUUGUCCUUGUACAAAAUGCUCAUAUUUAAUUAUGAACUGCUUUAAAUCACUAUCAAAGUUACAAGAAAUGUUUGGCUUAUUGUGUGAUGCAACAGAUAUAUAGCCGUUUCAAGUCAUGUUGUGUUUGGACUUGGGGUUGGAACAGGGAGAGCAGCAGCCAUGUCAGCUAGACGUUCAAAUGUGCAGAUGAUUAUGGAAAAUAAUCUCAAAAUCUUACAAAGCUGAACAUCCAAGGAGUUAUUGAAAACUAUCUUAAAUGUUCUUGGUAGGGGAGUUGGCAUUGUUGAUAAAGCCAGUCCCUUCAUUUAACUGUCUUUCAGGAUGUUCCUUCGUUGUUUCCAUGAGUAUUGCAGGUAAUAAUACAGUGUAUUCAUAAGAAUCUCAAUCUUGGGGCUAAAUGCCUUGUUUCUUUGCACCUCUUUUACAAGUCCUUACAUUUAAUUACUAAUUGAUAAGCAGCAGCUUCCUACAUAUAGUAGGAAACUGCCACAUUUUUACUAUCAUGAUUGGCUGGGCCUGCUGCUGUUCCUAGUAAGAUAUUCUGAAUUCCAUUUUAUCAAUAAAGCUUGAUUUAACAAACAAGAAAUUUAAUCAUGUAUGUGUAAUUCCUCUUUUACCCCGGCCUUUUAAAACACUGUGCCAUUGUAAUGAGACGUUUCUCAUAGGGAAAGAUGUUAGUCUCUUUUAAUUGGACAACACUGUUACUCAAGGCAUAGAUGAAAGUGUUUCCUUCCAUUAGAAAGACUAAAAGAUUUAAUUAUUGGUUGUACCUUAAUCUAUUUUUUAUAUAGUUUCUUUCAGGCUGCUUAUUUUUCAUUAAGAUGUGUAUCAGCUUGGAUUUGCCUCAGUUUAAUUAAAAUAAUUGUCCAAGUUUGACAAUCUGACACUCUAUGGUAGGGGUGUGUGUGUGUGUUUGUGUGUGUUUGCCCGUGAUUUUUAAUUGGCCCAUGUCUUUAGAAUCCAAGUGGUUAAGAUGUAUUUGUGAUUUGAAAUAUAGCAUGUUGAUAAUAUUUAGCCGUUGGCCUUUACAAAUAACUUUCAAAGCUUAAGGAAUUGUAGAUGUAAAAAUAACCUAAUUUAAUUUAGGCUUAAAUUCCUCUGAUUAAGCAUGUGAAAGUAAGUUUUAAAAUCUGUCACAUUGAAAAGAUUACUGUUCCGUGCCCUUCUGUAUUUUUGUCUCUUUAGGUUGAAUAUUGUAUUUAUCACCAUGUAAUCAUUCAGUAGGCAGAUUCCCACUAGAAAACUAUUAAAAUGUAAGACUAAAAUACAACAUUGAAUACAAAAUCAAAACUUUGUGUAUAAAAACCAGUAUAGUCCAUUUUGUUAUAUUUGUUUUUUCCCUAACUUGGAAAUAUACAUAUUUGUAUAUAUAGCCUUAAAAUUAAUGUAAAGUUAGGGGAGUAGUGGGGAAAGUAAUGUGAAAUGUCUCAGAUUUAAGUAGUUAAAUACCAGCAAAAUUUUUUCAUUAUCCCUCUUAUUUUGUGAGGUGAUUAAAUGUAACUUAAUUGUAUUUAAUUUAUAUCUUAUUCCAGCAUGAAUGAAGAAAAACGGAAGUACUAUUUAUAUUUAGGAAUUCGUAUCAGUUGAAAUUACAGAACCAAUUCCAUACUUACAAUAAAUACUUAAUGUCUAAAUCUGUGGUAGAGUGCGAAGUAUGAUAAUGUUCUAAGUUAUGGCUUUGCAAGUAUCUAAAUGUGCAUUUAAUGAAUACCAGUGCUUGUAUUAUAGACUUAAUUACCAGACAUACUGGUACUGAAAGCUAAAUCCCUAUUAUAACAAGCCAGUUCCUUAAUAUUUUAAGUAGACAGUUUUAGUUCCAGAAAUUGCAAAACUUUGAACUGGACUGUAUAAUCUUUUGAGAUGCACAACUUAAAUCACAAGUAAGAGUAUGUGAUGGAAAGCUAUAUUUCAAACCAUAACAGCAUAUUUACGGCCUUUUUUUUUUUUGAGUCUUUAAACAAGAGAAAAUUAAAAUAUUCCUGUCAAAAUUACUAGUAUUGAAAUUAGGCUUGGAAACAAGAGAGAACUGUAUUUGAGUGAUCUCAGAAGACUAAAUCUUUUCCACAUGAAUCAGCACUGCCAUACUAAUAAUUUUUUUACUAUAAAAAUACAGGAAGGAAGUAUACAUUAUAACAGCAGACUGUUCGUGAUUCCUGGAGGUAAUAGUGGGGGAAACCAACAGUACGUUUUAAAGGCACUUUUGCACCUCUACUGUGCACUUCAUUCUUGUACCACUUAAAUUCUUCACCCUCAUCCCCUUUUUUUGUGCUAAUUAGCAUCUCAGGGCAAUGCCUCAAAAAUGUUUGAUGUGUUCUGUUCUUUGGAAGGAAAAAGUUCUUGUGUGAUGAUAAUAUAGUACUCAAAAUAUACUUUUAUCACUUAAAUGUCUUAUUUGCUGCUAUGAAUAGGAAAUAACAUUUUGUAUAGCAGGCUUUGUUUUACCCUAAUAUUAAAAAAUUUCACUGACCUUUCUUUCAUUGUUUUAACAGGGUAGAAUCUCCUAAUUUCCACUUUCUUGGGAAUAUACUUUUAUAGACAAUAGAAGCAGUUAUCAAUAUGAGCGCUUACUUUAAAAAAUCAAAGUGAUACUUAAUUCAGCUUUGGAAGUAUCUCAAACACUUACUUUAUAGUGCAUUAACUUGCUUCUAGAGUACUUAAUGCAACUGCUCUAGCCACUUAGUUUUUUAUACUAAUCUCAACAUUAAGAAAUUUGGAUUAAGUAAUAAAUUAGUUAUGUAAUUCAAGUAAUCUGAAUUACAGCAGUACUUUUAGUGAUCAUUCAUAUGACCAUAUAUUAACCCAGCUAAUAACUCAGUUUUUUUUACAAAAUGUUUCGAGUAUUAUCGGUAAAACACUGUUCUAGGCUAAGCACCUUGGGACUGUAAAGAAAUGAGUAGAUCCUUGGCUUCAAGUUUACAUUUGGACAAUUUAUAAUCUAGUGUAUGUUAGUAUUAUAACUGGAUCACUCAUCAAAAAAAAAAAAGCUAUUGCCCACCCGUUAUCGACCAGGUACUUAGCUAAUCAAGGCAGGCCUCUGCCCUAAAGUGCUUGUUUAUAAACUUCCUUUACUCACCUGAAAACUCUUCUCCAGUUUAUUUUCUUCUCUCCAAAGUUAAAAAUCAUUCAGAAGAAAAUUUUGCUUAGCAUAAGAAUAAAAUUGGAUUGAAGAGGCUUAAGCCCAUUCAGUAUGCUUGAUUGCAUUUAUCGAAUGGCCUUUAUUCUUCCUGCUGACAGCAGUAACUCAGAGGAAUAGGUAAUAGAUUUCUGAAAAUUCUCCAGCCAUGGAAAUGUAGGUGGGGUUUGAGUUUAAGGCAUUUAAAAAUGUAAAUAUCUCUAGCUAAAUUUAGGUAGAACUCUGUGUUUUUGUAACACACUGCCAGUGUUAAUGUCAAAUUUUAGCCAAAUUAUUACUAUGUUUUAAUAUUUUAAAAUAAUUUCACUGCCCAUCUUUACUGGACAAACUCAUUUGGAGUUCAACUUGUGAUUUCUGAAAGAACUGAUGAAAUUGGGUACUGCUUUUUUUCUCCAUUUUUUGUUUUAUUUUAAUUUUGAAUUUCAUGGUAUAUACUUUUAGUUCAAACUUGGCUGUUUGUACAGUAUUAGGAUUUCGUAUUAGAAAAUAUGUGUAAAUAUCUUAGUAUAUAAUUGUUUCUCAUUUGAGGUUUUUCUUCUAAGGGACCUUAAAGAGUUUUAUAUACUUUUGCUCACAGAUACUGCUAGUGAGAUUACAAUUUUUUCAGUAUCUAGUCUUCUAGUUUUUCUUUUAGGCAUUAGGAAGCCUUCUUAAGAGUUCAAAAUUUUAGAAGCCUAAUUUGGUGUUACUUCCUUCAAUUAUGUGCCAUGUGUUUUGGUUUAUAUAUGUUUUAAAUUGUAUAUUACCUUGGAAUAUGCUUGAAAUAUUUAAGAAUACAUUUUCAAAAUGUAUAAUACUGUAUUGUUUUGUUGAUCAAAAUAAUAAGUCUCAGUUAAAUGUUAGUUAUUACUGAUAGUCAAAACGCUCAAUAGAAAUGAUGAGAGGCAUUGGUUCCAGUUCAUUGUCAAAUGAACAUUUUGUAAUUUUGUUCACAGGUUCUUUCCCUUUCAGUUGUUCUGUAUAUUAAGAUAGUGGCUUCUGCUCUCACUGUUUUCCUAUUUAUAUUACUAGCAGAUAGGAGUGCUAAUUAGAAAAACUUAUAAUGGUAUUGAAAUUGCAGUUGACAACUUAUAUUUUUAUGAGAUGGAGAAAAAGGAUUGUUUAAGUUGAUAAUGUUGACUUUUUUUCUUCCUUAUCCUGCACGAAAUAUUGCCCUCGUUUCCUCUACUUUCCUCUUGGUGUUUUCUCUUUUUUUCAAACAGAAACAGGACAAUUCCAUUUUCUUGAGCAAGAAAGCUUAGUGUGUUACUUCAUCAAGGCCAGCUAAUACUGUGUUAAACUGGGCUGAAAAUGAGAAAACUUGGGAGAUGGAGGAAUGGGGAAAUGGCAGUGGGAUAGCUAGGGAAGGAUUACUCUUAAUUGUUUUAAAAGCCAUAGGAAAGUCUUCCUUGUACCUGGCUGUAAAUUUAUAAGAACGAUUGUGUCACAUAAACCAACAAGAAUCAACCUUUGCUGCUUCAGAAAAUUUGAUUUUUCCAGCAAGGAAAUUAAUAAGAGUUACUGAUUCUUCGUCAUAGAAACAACUGAGAAGAAUUAAUACAAUAUUUCUUCACUAGAAAACCCAACCCUUCAUUUCUUUUCAUUGCUCCAAAACCCAGUUUUCAACUAAUGGUUUUCUCAUUAAACUAAAUGUUUAGAAAAAUUGUUUAGAGUUUUUCUUUUUCUUUUAUAUAGUCCUCCUGAUCCAGUAUAAGACUAUUUAGUAACGUGCAUUUGUAUGGUAUUAUCUAAAGUAAGUUAAAUUGAUGUAAGAGAUUGGGUAGCUGCGGAACAAAAUUAGUUAUAUCCUAAUUAGGUACAGUGAAUGACACAAAAUCAUUUUAGCAAUGCUUCUUUUGGGGUCACAGGCCUUGUGAGACUGAUGAAUCCUAGGGACUCCUUUACCCAGGAAAAUGCAUAUAUAACAUACAUAUCUCACUAAAGUUUACAAUAUUGUAGUGGUUCAUGGACCCCAUGGUUAAGAGCCCAUUCUGAAGUACAGUAGGGCAUCAUCCCUUUUCCUGCAAAGCCCAAAAAUAUAUUUCAAGGGCAUGAAAAUAACUUGAGUGUAUUUUAAGGAAUUGUUUCACUCUAGAGGUAGAUGGAGGGCCUGGCUAGAAUCUGACAUUAAAAUACACUUUUUAAAAAAUACUAUAUUUGGGGGGAGAGUGAUUAAAAGGUGAAAAAAACAUAGUAUUCAGAAGUUUUGGAGAUUAAUGUCUUUCUCUAAGAUUUGCCACUUUAGAAAUUCAAUAGGAAAGAGAGAAAACAGAAAUUGAAUGUAUCUGGAACAUUUUUGGCCUUCAUAGUGCAGAUAUACUAUGUUAACAAGUAAUACAUUUACCUGUCAGAUCUCCAGGUUGUAAGGUUUUGAGCUUUCUAGUAUUAGAAUUCAUUAAAUGUUUAAUUCAUUUCAUAUUCUAAGGAAUUAGGUUAUUUACGUACUAAUUCAGGAUGUUAAAAUAACAUCCAACACAGACAACCACCACCAAUGCACAGAGUUAAUGAGAUUCCUAAAAUACAGUUAAGUACAAUGUAACAAACAGAAUUUUGCAUUUGUUGCCAAAAUCAGAUGUUUAAUUACAGCUUAUUGGCAUUUGUGGGACUUCUGGAACAUAGAAACCAUUGUCUUACCUGGUUAUCCCUUGACUAAAUAGCAUAUCUGCAGGAAAGUACCUUGUUUGUAGUGAUAUGCCCCAAUACUGAUUGAUUUCACUCUUGAAAUGAGUUAUAUCACUUAAUUUGUAUAAACGUUAUGAGUGGAGAGACAUGUACAUGUUAAAAGCAUGUUGCAUUAUAUAGAGAUUCAUUUUUUAAACUCUAUAAAUGUUAAGACUAAUAUAAUUGCAGAAAUAUUUUUCUUAACUACAGUGUGUAACAAAAUUCUUCAUAGCAACUCACCCACUUUGCAGUUUAUGUGAUCCACACUUUUAAAGAAAUUCCAUAAAUGUAUAUUUUGUAUUAUGUAUUAUUUCCUGGUCCAAAGAAAAUAUGUGAAUUCAGUUCUAACUUUAAGAAUGUACUGUUUAUUUUCAAGUUCAUUGAAAAAUUGCAUUCAGCCUGCUAAUGGUUGCAGAUUGUAUGUUAGAUGAAAAGUAGAAAUAAUUUCUAGUUUGCAAAACUGGUGCCACUAAAUAAACAGGCAAUUGCAUAA